ACAGCCAGGGAUCGGGCAGCACGCCCGCCCACCCCACACAUACAAAAAAAAAAAAACCAAGCAAACAACAAAAACCAGCCUUUCACAACGGCCUGAUUACUAACGAAUGGUUCUUUCCACGCGCCUUGCCAAGGUACAUCCUUCUGCCUCGGCCCGCACUUUGGGAUCCCCGAAGGGCUGGGCGUGGACGGCAUGUGUGAUCCCACCUCCUCUUCCACGGACCGGGACGAGCCACACAAGCAGCGCCUCCAGCUGUCACUUCUGGUGGGGCUCUGGCCUUUGGAGUGCCGCGCUGCCUUUUCCCCCCUUCUCCGCCCCCGCAGCCGCGCUCUGACCGCAGGCUCUGGCUAUCUCGGUGGACUCGCGGACGGAUCCCUGACCGGGCAGGUUUGGGGGCGCUUUUCUGCGCAGGGGGGAGGGGAAGCGCGCUAACUUCGCCGUCCCACCUGCUCUGCGGCAGAGCGCCCGGGAGGGGAAUCUCCUGCGCGAGCGCCUGCCCAGCCCCCGGCCGCGGUGCAGCCCUUGAGUCGGCAGCCUUGGCUGGAGAGCAGGGGCCACACGGGCAGAGCAGAAAGUGAAAGUAACUUGUGCACGCGGAAGUCCCAUGGGAAAAGCAGAGCCCCGCGGAGCCAGCGCGUCGCCCCCAAGGAAGAUGCGGCCAGAGGGCUGGUAAGUCAGGGAACUCCCGCUCCUUCGCACAGCAACUCGUGGCGCAGCCUGGCCCGGCGGAUUCUGCACUCCCAGAGCCUCCCCUCGCGCUCUGCACCAACCUCGCGCCAUGCACCAGCCUCUGCCACCACCAUGACCGAGAAGCCCCCAGCGCAACUCUCUCUACCUCCCCCUGCGGACAAUGUUCCAUGUUUUUUUUAGGUCUGUCUUUGGGAUUCUGCCUCUGUUCGUAGUUCUGUUGCCAGUAAAUUCAUCUACUUGUGGGAUGGAAAAUACAACUGUAAUACGUGAAAAAUAUGAGAAUAUCCUAAGCCACGAUAUUGAAUUGCUGGAAAAUAUGUCUGAAGAGUAUCGUGACAGGUGCUGCAGGAAUAAAAGACAUGAAAACCCCAGUGCGUUUUUCUGCAAUGAUACUCAGGAAAUAAGGUCAUUACAGAAUAUGGCAUGUGACAUGCUUAAAUUCUUUUAUAAAAAAAAGAUCAACAAAGAUUUCAGAUGGCAAACUGCUCGGGUUUCGUGUAUGACAUUAGAAAUUCUACAUUGCAGAUGUGAUAGAGAGCAAAAAAAUAGAAAGGUUUGCAUAUUGCUUACACAACCCAGCAAAGACAUACUAGGGGCACAAGGCCCCAAGAAAAAAUGUUGCCAAGAAUUAUGUGAACUAAAGGAAACUAUAUCUAGUCUUAGAUCCUGCUGGAAUAAGUUUGAAAAAGAAAUUGCUAGGUAAAAAACUUAAAAUGCAAUCCUGUCUGUUCUUUCAAAGUACUAUUGCUUUGCACUUUACAUGCAUUCUUCAAGUAUCUCUGGCUGCUUACAUAAAUACUUUUUGCCAAAGUUCUGAUGAGACGAUCCAAUACCUUGUUCCUGGGGACAAAGCCAUUGGAAACCAACAAAUUGAACUGCUAAAGUUCAAGAAGUGGAAGCUAACAACACAAUUGGAAGCAAAGACAAACAGAACAGAAUGCUGUAGCCCCACCUUCACACAAUGAAAAGUACUUAUACUUUGUAGCUAUCUACAAAUACUUGGUCAUGUUUUUUCAGUAACUUUAUAUGAGUUUAAGGUGAGAAGAAACUUUGAGGUGCCUACUGCAAUAAAUAAUCUUGGAAACGGCAAAGAAAGCAAAAUGUCAAAUUAAUAUGAUGUUUUAUAUAACUACAUCAUGGAUCAGAAUUAACAGUUAUGCUAGGUAAGAAUGGCUCCUGAGCCAGUUCUGCUGAUGCAAUAAUAUUUGAAGUACUGGUAUCUGAUGGGAUCUGCAAGCUGCUUUGAAGGCCAAACAAUGGAACCAGGACUGUGCCAGAAAAAGCUAGGGGAAUUAAUUAUUUUUUACACAGCCUAGGAAGAGGUAUCAGUUUUGGAGGGAUCUAGCGCAGACGCUGCUGAAGUAGCUAGAGGCAAGACAGAGUAAGACCUGUGGAUGGGGAAAAGGGUAGCUCCUGAACAUGAGCAAGAUCAGCUGACUGGAGAAAAUAUUGGCAUUGUGGAUUUGGUAAUCACCGUUAGCUGCAGGAAUAGUUAGAAUAGCUUACAUUAAUUGUGAUGACUUUAGUGUAUAUAUUUUACAUAGUGUAUUUAACAUAAAACAGACAUGACUUAAGAUAUGUAUGAGUAUUUUCAGAGAAUAAUAUAUUGGCAUUUUACUAAUUAUGUGUUCAUAUUUAAUUUUUGAUGAAUUUAUAACUAUUUAUUAGUUGCUUAUACCUCACAAUUUCUUACUUAGAUAUUACUACUCCUUUUGUAACAAAACCCACUU